GUCUGAACAAUACCAGCACAUAAUUGGUAGGAAAACAUGUCGUCUUCACUCAUCAAUCGAGUAGUAAGGGCAGGGAAAUGGCAUUAUGCGCCUACAAAGGCGUCUGCUCUGCCAAUUCAUCUCCCUGCUCAAUUAAGUCCAGUUUCUAAUGCAUUGCAAAAAUAUCUGCGACAGCCACAAACCCGUUCUAUGGGUUCUGUCAGUGCCAUUGAUUCCGCUAUUUUCAGGACUUUAUUUGGCACAGAAGAAAUUCGACAGAUAUUCAACGACGAAUCCUACAUAAAACGAUGUGUAGAUGCCGAAACAGCCCUAGCCCGCGCCCAAUCCAAAUGCAAUGUUAUCCCCAGCGAAAUCGGCGCAGAGGUCACUCAUAACGCAGUAGCAUCCAAACUCGACUUAGAGCGAUUACGCCACGAGACCGAGAUUGUCGGGUAUCCUAUCUUACCGCUUGUGCGACAAUUGAGUGCUCUCUGCGGCGACAAGGCUGGUAAAUAUGUGCAUUGGGGAGCGACGACGCAAGAUAUCAUGGAUUUGGCGAGUGUGCUACAGAUGAAAGACGGCCUCGUGGUUGUUGAGCGGUUACUGCGAGACGUUAUCAAGACUCUGAGGGAGCUUUCGGAGAAGUAUAGGGAUACGCCUAUGGCUGGAAGGACGCACCUACAGCAUGCUUUACCGGUGACGUUUGGAUAUAAAUGUGCUGUUUGGUUAUCCGGGUUUCAGCGCCAUUUGGAGCGUCUUCAGCAGUUGAAGAAUAGAGCUUUGAUGGCUCAGUUUGGUGGCGCGGCUGGUUCGUUGGCUUCGUUGGGCCCGGGGGAUGAUGGACUUCGUGUUCGAAAGGCUUUGGCGGAGGAAUUGGGUCUGACAGACCCAUCGAUUACAUGGCAUGUUGCUCGGGAUGGUGUUGCAGAGAUUACCAAUUUUCUGGCUCUUCUUGGUGGCUCAAUGGGCAAAUUGGCCUUGGAUAUUAUUAUCAUGAGCUCCAAUGAAUUGGGUGAAGUGUCCGAACCAUUCGUUCCUCACCGUGGAGCUUCUUCCACGAUGCCCCAAAAACGAAACCCGAUCUCGAGUGAAGUCAUUUUGGCUGCAAGUAAAAUUUUACGUUCCAAUGCGGGGCUGGUUCUUGAUGGAAUGGUAUCUGAUUUUGAGCGUGCGUCCGGUCCCUGGCAUUUGGAAUGGGUUGCUGUUCCCGAAAGCUUUGUGGUUGCUGUUGGCGCCUUGUUUCAAACUCAUUUCGCUCUUUCUGGUCUUGCAGUGAACACCCAACAAAUGCUGCAGAAUCUACAUUCUACUCGUGGACUCAUUGUUGCCGAGGCUGUUAUGAUGGGCAUGGCUCCAUACGUUGGACGCCAGACAGCGCAUGAUAUUGUAUAUGAAGCAUGCAGGAACAGCAUUGAGCAGGACAAGUCUCUGCUGGAUUGUCUAUUGCAGAAAGAAGAGGUUACGUCUAAGAUGAGCGCUGAGAAGCUGGAGGCAUUGUGUAAUCCGGAGAACUACUUGGGAGCUGCACCAAAGAUGGUGGAUGAUGUGUUGGCUGUCAAGAAUUUGUAA